AUGGCAAAGCGCUUGAUUCCUGCCCUUAACCGUGUCUUGGUGGAGAAAAUCAUCCCUCCCUCCAAAACCACUGCUGGAAUUCUCCUCCCCGAGACAUCCACCAAGCUGAACUCAGGAAAAGUGAUAUCUGUGGGUCCUGGGUUAAGGAACUCUGAAGGGAACACCAUCCCUCCAGCUGUGAAGGAAGGUGACACUGUGCUUUUGCCUGAAUAUGGGGGUACCCAAGUCAAGCUUGGUGAAAAAGAGUAUGUUUUGUAUAGGGACGAGGAUAUCUUGGGCACUCUACAUGAGUAG